AUGGAAGUUUAUUGUGGACAAGAAUAUGCUUGUUCUGUGGAUGGUCUACAUUUCAAUACUUUUUACAAUGCGAGAUUAAAAGCUUUUAAUGCGGCAGGGGAAAGUACUUAUAGUGAACAAAUUUGUUUGCAGACUGCUCCAGUUGCUUGGUUUCAACUUAGCGAGGAUAAUUCAGCCGAAAAUUCUAAUGAACAACAACAAACUAUGAGAGAGAUUCGUUCACAAAGUGUUGGGGGAAUAGUUAAUUCUGAAUUGUUGUUAUCGAAUAAUUGCUGUACAGUUACUGGAACGAGUAUGGAAUAUCGAACAAUUUUGGGUACAGUAACAUUCUCAAAAGGAGUUCAUUAUUGGGAGGUUAGUGUGGACAGAUAUGAUGGAAAUGCUGAUAUUGUUAUUGGAGUAGCCCAACCAUCGGUCAAUAGACAUGCAAUGCUUGGUAAAGAUUUACAUGGUUGGAGUAUGUAUGUAGAUGGAGAACGGUCUUGGUUUUUCCAUAACGAUACACACCAUGGAAGAAUGAGUGGAGGUGUUAAUGUGUGUGACUCCUUAAUUGGAGUUUUAAUGGACUGUGAUAGGGGAACUCUUAGUUUUGCAAUAAAUGAAAGGCCUAUUUGUAUAGAUGCUUUUAAGUAG